AUGAUGCGUCAUUGUUCGCUUCUUCUCACGUUCCUGUUCUGCAUCGACCACGUUGCAUAUUUGGACGGUGUCAGUGUCCACAAUUGGUCAUCCAUAUUCAACAACCAACCAUCAAAGAACUGGGUUGUUUUGGUCGCUGGUACCAACACCUGGGAAAAUUAUCGACAUCAGGCGGACGUUUUCCAUGCGUAUCAAGUCGUGCGUAAAAACAAUGUUCCACCGGAGAAUAUAAUUACCUUCGCCUACGACGAUAUUGCAAACAAUCCAAAAAAUCCGUUUAAAGGCAAAGUCUUCCAUGACUACGACCACGUUGAUGUCUACAAUCAUGUGAUAAUUGACUACCGAGGAAAUGAUGUUACACGGAAUAACUUCGUGAAAGUAUUAAGAGGCGAUGAGAAACUUGAAGCCAACAAGAAGGUACUAAAAAGCGGUCCUGAUGACAACGUGUUCAUUUUCUUCUCUGGCCAUGGUGGGACGUCCCAUAUUGCCUUCCUAGGAGAAUACCUGUAUGCCAUGGAGUUGAACGAUACCCUCGCCUACAUGCAUUCAAAAAAAAAGUUCAACAAAUUGGUGCUGUACGUGGAGGCUUGCAAAUCUGGCUCUAUGUUUAAAGAUGUUCUUCCUUCAAAUAUGGGAAUCUACGCGACAACCUCAGCCAAGGAAGAUGAAGAAUCCUGCGCUACUUUUUGUAGGGACCCGAAAAUCGAUGUUUGUCUAGCGAACGAAUACUCGUUUAUCUGGCUACUAGAUUCGCAAUACAAUGACAUAAAAAAGCGUACACUGGAGGAGCAAUACCAGGCGGUGAAAAGGAAGACGGGGUUAAGUCACGUGAUGAAAUACGGUGACAUGACGAUGGGAAGUAUCCCAGUUGGAAAAUUCCAAGGUCAUUAUGAUCUACCGAUGCACCGGAAUGACGGGGCGACAGCAGCGCAUGUUGUAGAUAGAAAGCCUCCUUGCCAGGCGCAUUUGUUUUUAAAGUCUCGACGCUUGAUGGAGGCUGAAACCGAGGAGGAAAAUGAAGUCGCUUGGCGAAGGCUGCACCGUACACUUCAGCUGGGAUACAUCGUCAAGGAAACGUUUCGCGACAUCGUCGUGGAUGUGACAACCCACCGUAUGCCAACUGUAAACGGUUUAUCCAAGAGGGAUGAGUUCAUGUGCUUCCGGGCAGUAUUCGAUCGAUUCCUGACGCACUGCUUCACAAUGCAGCAGGCAAGUUGCCCUCGUGGUGCUUUCAUUACUAGCCAAUGCAUUCACCCACGGCGUAACGGAAGGCAAGCCUCAUUCUCAAGAUUACUCUUAGCGCAUGUUGUAGAUAGAAAGCCUCCUUGCCAGGCGCAUUUGUUUUUAAAGUCUCGACGCUUGAUGGAGGCUGAAACCGAGGAGGAAAAUGAAGUCGCUUGGCGAAGGCUGCACCGUACACUUCAGCUGGGAUACAUCGUCAAGGAAACGUUUCGCGACAUCGUCGUGGAUGUGACAACCCACCGUAUGCCAACUGUAAACGGUUUAUCCAAGAGGGAUGAGUUCAUGUGCUUCCGGGCAGUAUUCGAUCGAUUCCUGACGCACUGCUUCACAAUGCAGCAGGCAAGUUGCCCUCGUGGUGCUUUCAUUACUAGCCAAUGCAUUCACCCACGGCGUAACGGAAGGCAAGCCUCAUUCUCAAGAUUACUCUUAGUCCCCGAGAUAGCUCACCAUACAACUCAUCUAAUGGAGCUAUGCAAAGCCGGAUAUGACGCGCAAACCCUCAUCGACUCUGUCCACAACGUCUGUUCCUAA